AUGGCCGCCAUGUGGCAACGUCUGUCUCCAUUGGCCAGCAGCGCAGGUGAGUCAUCUAGUCUGUUGGGCCAGAAGGAGGGCCUGAGCCUCCAGGUGACGCAGCUGACCCUGGACUGCGCCAUGCACCAGCAGAAGAGCACCGUGAUCCAGAACCAGAUGAAAGAGCUGCAGGCAGAGAGAGACCAGGCGUACGUGUCCCGAGAUGAAGCCCAAGCCAUGAUCGCCCGCACCCUGGCUGAGAAGGACGCCCUGAGGUGUCAGCAGGUGGAGCUCCAGGAGCGCGUCUUCAGCCUGAAGACCACCACAGGGCGCCGGCAGAGUUCUGAUGAUUUGGACAUGGAUUGGGAGAGCCCGAGAUCCAGCUUUGAAGAAUCCCCAUGCCUGCCCAGAAUGCCCACCAGACGCAAACUCUGCCGCAUGGACGCAGUCAAUCCACUGUCAACCAGUUUCUGCAACUCAGAGUGUGAAGAUGCUGCAGCGAGUAGUGUCCGAUCCCGAUACGCAGAGCCCCCCAGCCCCGAGUCCCUCCGCAGAAGAGAGGAAGCUCUAUAUGCAGACAGCAGCUUGGACACACUGGAGAAUGAAUCUAUAUUGGACGACUUUGUGUUUAUCCCUCACAUGGAGAGUGCAGACAUGCAGAGAAACAGGCGUUCCUCUUCCCAAGGCUCCAGCGCUGGCAGCCUAGGUAAAACCCUAGCCCCUCCCUUCCUGAUGCGCUCUCGUCCAAAAGCAAUUCGCAUUAACGGCCGCGUUCUCAGCAUCUCGCUCCAGGGAGACGCGCUGCUCAGCCAGCUGGCAGUGGUGGGAGGGAAUAAGACCGGAGUGUUUGUGCACCAGGUGACAGAGGGAACCGCUGCCCAUACUGUGGGCAUCAGCCCCGGAGCACAGAUAGUGGAGGUGAAGUACGAGCAGAACCAGAAGGCUCUGAGGAUGGUGCUGGAAGAUUCCACUUUAGAGGAAGCCAUGUGGGCUCUUGGCCAGGUCACAGGCCUCUGUCACCUCUCCCUCCGGCCCAGGCAAGAUGACUAUGAGGCUCUGCUGCACCCGCUGCAGAGCGGUGAGACGUCAUCCGGAGACUCCUUCUACGUACGGGUCAAUAUGUCUCUCCCUGCGGGCCCUAACGGAGCUCUGGCCGUGUCCUGCAAUGACAUCCUUCAUGUGACCAACACAAGACCCGCCGGCACUGAGGACUCAUGGAGAGCCAGCCUGGUUCACCCCUGCCAGCUGCUGGACCUUCAGAGCGGAAAUGUACCCCACUAUUACAGGGCACAGCAACUUCUGAUUCGUGCGAUUGAAGACAUGAGCUUUCAAACAAAGAAGUCCCCAAAGGCUGGGCGUGUGGUGGCCCAGAGUAAGCAGAAGGCGGUGAGGAUUGUGGGCACCAUGCGCCAGGGCAGGAACCCCCUGUGGGUCAGUGUGGAGGAGGAGCAGCCCAAGAGCACCGAGUCAGGCGAUACAUCUGCACCCAAAAGCUGUCUGACCCUCAUGCCCUACAGCCUGGUCACCCCCCACUUCCCCCCUGUCUGCAGGCCCGUCCUGCUGCUGCCCUCCAUCCUGGGACACAUCCUGGACAAGAAGCUGACAGACUGGCAGGGCUUCCAGCUCUGUGAGCCUGAGGUGCUGAGCUUCAGUGAGCACGCAGCCCGGCUGCAGAGGUCUGAGAUCCUGGAGGAGUUUGAGCAGGGGAGAAACUGCUGCUACACCCUGCAGAGCGUGGAGAAAGUCAUGAAGAAGGGGAUUCACUGCGUGCUGCCGUUGGGGCUGGAUUGCGUGCGUCGGCUGCGCCGGGCUGAGAUCUUCCCCAUCAUCAUCUUCAUCGGCCAGACUGCACGUAGUGCACGCAAACUGAGGUCAAAGCUGCAGCGCCACAACCAGUCAGAGGAGAGUCUGCUGGCGUGUUCGAGGAGCGAGGAGCCGCUGCUGGACAAGCUGCCCUGCCUGUAUCACAGCGUGGCCCCUGACUCCUGGUGUGACCAGGCCUCCCUGCUGAGCAGCCUGCGCACCGUCAUCUGGGAGGAGCAGAAGAAGGUCGUCUGGGUGGAGCCCGAACUGUGGUGAAGCACAGGAUACAACAGAAAAGAAACCUAGAAAAUAGGAAAAGUAUAGGAAUUUGUGAUAAUAUCUUAAAGGGCUUAUUAAGAUAUAUUUAGCUUUACAAUCAAUAUUUUUGUAAACAUGAGUAUGUGUCUAUGAUACUUAUAAGUGGGUGACUCUCAUACAGUGCAAUCUUCUGUACUUUUAAAGUGUAUGAAGCUGUAUCGUUAUAUUUACCAUAACCAGAAACAUUUUCUAGUCUGUGUUGCCUCCUUUUUGGAGGCAUUUGUUUAAAGGAAACAGGUUACCACUAAAAUACAAACAUACUGUAAUGACUUGAAUGCACUUUAUCUCUACAAUAUGUUGUACAGUAGAUCAUUUCCCACUAGGAGGGAUUCUCUUUUAAUGCCUAGGAUCUGUCAUCUCUUGUCUUUGAAUAUUUGAAUAGUACUGUAUGAGACAGGAUUCUUGUAAGGAAGAACAAAUGCUGAAUUGUAAAAUGACUUUUAUUGUUACACAAUACUUUGCCUUUAAGUGGCCCACAAAGGCAGGUUUCACGGUUGAGAUUGUAUACUGUAAGUUUUCAUGGCAUCUCUGAAUUUGUGUGGAAGUUUUGUUUGCAGAUUCUCCAGGCCUAAUCGUUUCUUUAAUGUUUGUUCCCACAUGUCUCACUGUAUGCCUACUCAU